AGCAAGUAGAGAAAGAGAGAGAGAGAGAGAGAGAGCGAAAGAGCGAGCGAGAGAGGGAAGAAAGAGCACCCCGAGAAAGGUCGCGCGACGCCAAACGUGGAGAAUGAGUCACGCUCAACAGCAUGUGCUUGCGAGCGCGAUAGUCCUCGCGCUGAUAGUGGUAUUCGGCAUCCACGUCUUCCUGUUUCCGAUGUACACGUCGAAUCCGCCGGCCCGCCACACGAAGAUCUCCGCGUACGAGCAGGCGCUCUGUCGCACGACCCUGAAGAACGUCCGGGUGCCGCCGGAGUGGCGGAAUCCUUGCCCCAAGUACGGCAUUGUGUCGGCGGUGCAGGGCGGUAGGCUCGGCAACCAGAUCUGGGAGUACGCGUCGGUGUGGGCUACCGCGAGGAACACCGGCCUGGAGCCGUUCAUGCCGCGCUGCAUCCUCAAGACCUUGGAGGAGUACUUCGACAACCUCAGCAUUCCGCCGCUCACUUACAUCGGCAGAUGCACGUUGGACGUCGGCCAGGUGAUCAGUUCGUUGGGCCAGUGGAACAGCACGAAGCAGAACAUCAUUAUACCCAGGCACGCGGCUUACUGGUCUCUGAUACUGGUCUGGUUGGACGACAUACGACGGGAGUUCACGUUCAAGCCGUGUCUGAGGAUCUACGCGGAGAAGGUAUUGAAACGUGUCGCGGAGAAAUUCAAUCUGUCCUCGCCGACCUACGUUAGCGUGCACGUGCGCCGGACCGAUUACGUGGAUUACCUGUGGCAGAAGUUGAAGGCGCGGCCCGCGCCAAUAAGCUACUACCUAUCGGCGAUGGAUUACUUCGCCGGCAAGUACAGCAACGUAGUCUUCGUAGUGACGAGCGAUAAUAUCGCCUGGUGUAAAUAUAACUUGCGCAGUAAGCGUCACAGGAUCAGUUUCGUGUCGGACAAUGACGGCAAGGGCCCGGGGAAGGACCUGGCGGUAUUGUCCGCGUGUAACCACAGCAUAAUAGAUUACGGCACGUACGGCUCGUUCGGGGCCAUUUUGGCCGCCGGCGAGACUAUAGUCUACAAUGUAACAACAUACUUUUCUACACUGAUCGCUGACGUUCUACCUAAUUGGAGGAUAAUGAGUUGAACGCAACUCAGACGUGAAGUUACACGAGACACAUGCAUUACCUUGCAUCGCCCUUCUUGCGAGCGAUUUUUCGUUAUUUUUCCUUUUAACGCGAUUCAUAUUAUCCUCGGUGAUAUUCGAUUGGUUUGACAGAAGAAGACCCUUUGAAGACCGCGAUCUCUUUCGUUUAAUGUCGAUGUGACGACAAAAUUGUUAAUUCGACGUUCGAAUUAUAUCACAAGAGCUUUUACCGAAUCACAAGUGUGCGAGUAACUUGAGUGAAUCGCCGAGCAUUGGUUAUUUCUGCUAUUCACGUGAGUAUGAUCAUUUUGAAAGUGUACCACGCCUUUUCCAGAAAGUAUACGCUCACUGUUUUCUCUGUUUGUCGCACGAACGAACAACUCUCGCCAGUAGCGGAAUCAAGUGAAAGUAUGUUGCUACAUCGCGUUUUAUAUGUGUAAUGACGUAAGCGCAUCAUUGUCGGAAUGCUUAACAAUAUUACGCAUAUAUAUCGCCCUUAUUUAAAUUUAGUGUGUGCACACAAACUAUAGGAACCGAUGCACCUGUACAUGUAGCGCGAGCGAACCUUUCCAGAAACUCGAAGAAGAGGUUUACAAAGGAACAAUGGACCACUAAUAUCUAAAAUUAAAACAGAUGUUUAUUUUUUCUACGACUCUGAGAUACAAACUCGACACGGCCGUAAAAAUUUAAUAUGAAAAAAAGACGCGAUAGAUCUGGGAUCUAUGUACUUUCCGAAUACAAAGGUGGUAACCAAAUGAGCCUAAUUCAAAAAAAAAAAAAAGAAACACGCGUACGGAUAAAUUCUAAAUUUUGCAGUGCUCAGAAUUAUGUCUGGUUAAUCUUUAACUUUCGCGCGAUCUUUUUCCGAGAACUGGAUCUUCUGACGUUAGUUCGUAGUUUAUAUAGUUUUCUAUAAUCUAGCCUAGCGAGAGUCUCGAGUUAAUUGUGUUUAUACGUUUAAUGUGGAUUUCAUAUCGUAGCGAGCGUGUAACGUACACUUCACAGACACGAAACCGACGUAUUAACCAUCUGUAAGUCUUAUAAUGUACAAUGAUUUCAAACUGUGAUUCUAUUUCUUAUUGUGCCAAAAUUCUGAAUAUA